AUGUCGUCGGAGGCUCAGAGGGUGUUAGUGAUCCAGGAUGCAUCCAGAGAAAUCAGUUCUAGUGCAGUAAAUUGGGCCAUAGAUGCCCUUUCACUUAGACCUGGAGAUGAACUCACACUCCUUGGAGUUCUCCACCAGGUUAAUAUCCCUAGUAUGUUUCGUUACAUGGGAGCCGCGAAACUCAUCGGAUGUAAUAGCAGCGUAGCGGCGAAUCCUAAGCUGCACGCAAAGCAGAAAACUACCCAAGAAGACGUCGAGGGAAGAGAAAAUGAAUACCAAGACAGCGCAGAGAUCUCACCGAUCAGCGAACUUUGCGAAGCAAAAAGAAUUGUAUUUCACAGACAGGUGGUGCAGGCAUCUUCGCCAAAAUUGGCGGCUGUCGAAGCUGCAGAGAAACUGAAGGCAACAUGGGUAAUUCUCGACAGAGGAAUGACUAGGGACAAGAGAUACUUAAUGGAGAGGCUAUCUUGCGGUAUCUCAAAGGUGAACCGUAACAAUAGCGUCGAGCUUCUGAGGGGGCCGAAAACCGUUGAGACGGGUACGGGGAGUACAGAGCUAAGUCCAAAGAGCAAAAUAAUAUCCAACGAAGUUUCGACAGGAUCAGAGAAGAGAACAAUUAAGGUGACAUUGUCCCCUCUCGACGAUGAGGAUCUUUUCAGCUUGGAGCUAUCGCCCUCGAACAAUGAGAGAUCAACAAAAGUCGACCCCGACGGCUCUCAAAUAGACUUGCAAAUCGGUCGAAACAGUACGGUUGAGGAACCGAAGAUGGAAGAAGCAGUAGAAAACCUUGCAUGUAAACAAUGCGGGAACGUGAGACCGAAGGUCAAGAUGAAGAGAGCGUAUACGUGUUCGGAGCUGCAUGCGGCUACGAAUGGAUUCUCAGCUGAAAAUUUCUUGUCGGAAGGAGGAUUCGGAGCGGUUUACAGAGGUAAGCUUGAAGACGGGAACUUGAUAGCAGUAAAGCAAUACAAAGCGGCGAGUUUACAGGGGGAGAAUGAAUUCAGGGCAGAGGUUGAGGUUCUGAGCAAGGCUACACACAAAAAUGUGGUCAUGUUGUUGGGCUCCUGCUCCGAAGGAAGUAAAAAGCUCCUCGUCUAUGAAUAUGUCUGCAAUGGUUCGUUAGACGUGCACCUGUCAAAACACAGCCCCGAAGUUUUGCGUUGGGAACAUCGAAUGAACAUCGCGCUGGGAGCAGCAAGAGGCUUAAACUAUCUGCAUCAAAACAACAUUAUCCACAGAGACAUGAGGCCAAGUAACAUCCUUGUAACUCAUGAAUUCGAACCUAUGUUGGGAGAUUUUGGGCUCGCCAAAAUGCAGCGAAAUGACAUCGAAAAACUGUCGGAAAAGAAAGUAGUUGGCAUGGUUGGAUAUUUGGCACCAGAGUAUGCAGAAAGAGGAAGGGUUUCAACCAAGACUGAUGUUUAUUCCUUCGGAGUUGUUCUGCUGGAGCUCAUUACUGGCCAGACUGCACUGGAGAGGAAUCAUCAAGAGAAAAGUCUUGUAGGAUGGGCGAGACCACUUUUGAGAGACAGGAUAUAUCCAGAACUUAUUGAUGAAAGGAUCCUUGAAAGCCAUGAUGUACAUCAACUAUACUGGAUGGUUAGUGUGGCUGAAAGAUGCCUUUGCAGUGAUCCAGAAAAGAGGCCUUCAAUGGAAAAGGUGGAGUCUGCACUAAAAUGCAUAAUCAAUAAGGAAGCAGUUUGGAGUAUCGACGAUUUUUCACCAGCGCACUCUUCUUUCUGUAGCGUCUCGCAGUCGAAUGAAUCGCAAGGCGAUGCAGAAACGGAGACGGCGGAAAGCACGAAUGAAUCGCUGACGACGAGCAGCAGCAGGUCUCAGACGCGUCAAGCAUACCGACUGGCGUACCUACCGCAGACUUCCAGGCCGCUGAUUCCUGGUAAAUUGUUUGAAGGAUUGCUGUUCGGGAAAAGAGAAGCUUCUGCAGAUAGAAGAGUAAGAAUUCACAGCACCCCUCGCAUCUCUUACGACGAGAUGCUGGACUUCUGA